AUGUCUCUAAUAGUCUCGUUGUUUGUGGUGACGUUGGUGACUCAGUGCUGGACGGCUCCACAGAGGAGGAACUGGACUCCACAGGCCAUCUUAUACCUGAAAGGAGCACAGGGACAUCGCUCAGUGCUGCAGCGAAACAGCCGAGGCAAAGAUGACACUUCACUCUCGGUGACUCACAAACUGAGCGGUGAUGGACUGGUGAUAUCUUGGGCCUCGUCCGUCCUCCUGCAGCUUCUGCAGCGAGCCGUGGAAGAAGGUGCAACCCUGAGAGACGUCACCAACACGCUUCCUGUCAAUCAUCCAUCAUAUACGUUUUUUCUUCCUCAGGUGGACACAAAUUAG